AUGGCGCCCAAACGCCCCCACCAAGACAUUGACCCCUCCACCGACGCCUCCAACCCAGAGCCCAAAAAAAGAAAGGGUUUCCGCGUCGGGCCAGAAAACCUGCCAGACGGUGCCUGGAGAAGGAAAAACACCAAAAUCAAGGAAGACCUCAUCCACAAGGCCAAAAUCAAGAAGGCGUACAAGAAAGUGAAAGCGGAAGUGGAGCAGCAGCAGCAGCAGCAGGAAAAGACAGUGUCACAACAACAACAACAACAACAACAAACCAACGACAACAACAACGACAACACCCAGCAAGAAGCCGAGUCCCAGAUCCACCCCGAGCGCCAGGCUCUCCUCGAUGACGACCAAGACCACCCAGCAAACCCAAGACCAGGCCACGACGAAAGCGGCACCGCACCACCACCACCGCCCCGCCGCGAGAAGCAGCCGAGAAACAACAACAACAACAACAGCAACAACAACCGCCGGCGGCCAGACUACUACGAGAAGGCCCUACAAGAGGGCUCACGCAAGAAGGCCGAGGCGGAGGCCCGCGCGGCAGAACAGAGACGGCGCGAGGAGGAGCGUGCGCACAAGGUUGCCGACAGGGACAGGAUGCGGAGGGCCAUGCUCAAGGCUCGGGGGAUCAAGCCGAGUCGGGGUGGUGGUGGCAGGCAGCAGCACCAGCACCAGCAGGGGCAGCACAAGCUUGGCCGGGAGAGCCAUGUGCUGCUUGAGAAGGUCAAGAGGAUGGUUGGCGGGGCUGCUUGA